AUGUCAAUUAUUCAAGUUUCCAGUCAUUUACAUCUCUGUAUAGUAUUAUUAGUAGUAUAUUACAUGAAUAAAUCAUACACAAUGGAGUAUAAUAAUUUCAAGCAAUUUCGUGCUAAUGUUACUCUGAAAUUUGGUCUUAGUAAUGAUUUUAAUUCGGAAUGUGAUGAAACAGUUUAUAAAGUGGUAGUGUGCGCUGGAGAAUUCACUAAUCGGUGUCAGUUAGUUGGUCCAGUUGCCCGUUUUAUUCAGGCUACUUGUGCUUCUCAAGGCCCACCAGAAUCAUUGAGUUUCUUAGUGUCAUCUGUGGAGAAUCCAAUUGAACUGGAUGUUACAGUUCAGAAAGUUGGUGAACAAGAAAUUCAAAAACUUCGAAAUACAGAAUUCCGUUUAGUUGAAGAGAAUGAAGUAUCUGUAACGUCAUAUGAUCUUUCAUUGAUUGUUCGUUUUCAUGUCACUUAUUCAUGUUUACCAAAUUAUUUUGGAAAAAUGUGUGCAACAUUCUGUGAUCGACAAUCUGUUGAUUACCUAUGCGAUGCAUCAGGAAAUAUAUUCUGUAAACGAGGUUAUUAUUUCGAUCACCAAUAUCAAAAAUGUCGUCUUGAUCAAUGUAUCAAUAGAUCAAAUUAUUGUUUAAAUGGUGGGCUGUGCAAAAAUAAUCCAAAUUUAGACGCCAAUGAAUUACCACUAUGCAUAUGUCCAUCGGAAUAUAAAGGUUUACGUUGUGAAUUGAAAAAUCAAUCACAUACAGAAAUGGUGAAUAGAACUUCAUUAAAACAAAAUGAAUUGAAUAAAAAUAAUUCAUUUAAUAGUAAUAAUAAUAAUAAUAAAUUAGUUAAUACAACUACUGAAGUAAAUGAAUUGAAAACUACAGAUUACAUGAAUAGGGAAGUGUCUAAAUUGUCCGUUUCCAACAUUGGGAUAAUAACUUCAACUCAGGGAAUUCAAAUAUCCUUCAACAAUUGA